AUGUCGGCAUUUAGAUCAGCAGCUAAUUCAACUCUCAAAAUGGCUGGUUCCUUGGGAGCCAAGAGGAAGAAAGCGGCCAUGACCUUGACUCCUUCAGCAGUGAAUCGACUCCGUCAAUUAAUAGAUGGACCUGAACCUAAACUAAUUCGUGUAGCUGUUAAGAAUAAAGGUUGUGCAGGACAAUCUUAUGUUUUAGAAUAUACCAAAGAAAAAAAAAAAUUUGAUGAGGUUGUGAGCCAGGAUGUCCUUAUUGAUUCUAAAUCUCUUUUCAAAAUGAUUGGAUCCGAGAUGGAUUUUGUAGAGGAUAGGUUGUCCUCCAAAUUUGUUUUCAACAAUCCUAAUGUUAAAGAAAGUUGUGGAUGUGGUGAAAGUUUUACAAUAUGA